AUGUGCUCCAUACAAAGCAGUGCACAUACCUCUGAGACCGCAAGUUUGGACAGAGUUGGACAUCAUGAAGAAGUGGACAGAGUUGGACAUCAUGAAGAAGUGGACAGAGCUAGACAUCAUGAAGAAGUGGACAGAGUUGGACAUCAUGAAGAAGUGGACAGUGUCGGACAUCAUGCAGAAGUGGACAGAGUUGGACAUCAUGAAGAAGUGGACAGAGUUGGACAUCAUGAAGAAGUGGACAGAGUUAGACAUCAUGAAGAAGUGGACAGAGUUGGACAUCAUGAAGAAGUGGACAGAGUUGGACAUCAUGAAGAAGUGGACAGUGUUGGACAUCACGAAGAAGUGGACAGAGUUGGACAUCAUGAAGAAGUGGACAGAGUUGGACAUCAUGAAGAAGUGGACAGAGUUGGACAUCAUGAAGAAGUGGACAGAGUUAGACAUCAUGGAGAAGUGGACAGUGUUGGACAUCACGAAGAAGUGGACAGAGUUGGACAUCACGAAGAAGUGGACAGUGUUGGACAUCAUAAAGAAGUGGACAGUGUUGGACAUCAUGAAGAAGUGGACAGAGUUGGACAUCAUGAAGAAGUGGACAGAGUUGGACAUCAUGAAGAAGUGGACAGAGUUGGACAUCAUGAAGAAGUGGACAGAGUUGGACAUCAUGAAGAAGUGGACAGUGUUGGACAUCAUGAAGAAGUGGACAGAGUUGGACAUCAUGAAGAAGUGGACAGUUUCGGACAUCGUAAAAAGCGGACAGAAGUGGACAGAUUAUCAGAGCUAGGAGUCUUAGCAACAGGCAGUUCCAACAUGUACUUGAAGAUUUAG